AUGUUCAAAAGGCACAAGUCCCUGGAACGCAAGAGGGAAUUUUUAUUCCAGGGACUUCCACAGUCCACAAUGAGGAAUAAUACAAGAAAUUUCCACUCCUUGUCACAACUUGUACUCUCAGCAGGCCCGCUAAAGACAACUCCAGCAGUCAAACGUUCAAAAACGACUCACUUUGAGAUUGAAAUACUGGAUGCUCAUACAAGAAAACAGAUAUGUAUUCUGGAUAAGGUGACUCAAACAUCAACUAUUCACGAUGUCAAACAAAAGCUUCACAAAGCAUGUCCAAAGUGGUACCCUUCUCGAGUUGGCCUACAAUUAGAAUGUGGUGGCCCUUUUUUGAAGGACUACAUCACCAUUCAAAGUGUCGCAGCUUCCUCAAUUAUCACACUCUAUUUUACAGACUUAGGUCAACAAGUCAGUUGGACCACAGUCUUUUUGGCGGAAUACUCGGGACCUCUGCUAAUAUACCUUCUCUUUUACUUGAGGUGCUCAUACGUUUAUGAUGUGAAAGAAAGCUCUAGAUGGCCCCGGCACCCUGUUGUACAUUUGGCUUUCUUCUUCCAUUGCAUCCACUACAUCCGACACCUUCUGGAAACUUUAUUUGUUCACAAAGUUUCUGCAGGACACAGUCCUAUGAAAAACUUGAUGACGGGUUGUGCAUUUUAUUGGGGAUUCACUUCUUGGAUGGCUUAUUAUAUUAAUCACCCAAGAUAUACACCACCAUCAUUUGGAAACGGGCAAAUAACAGUUUCUGCUAUCAACUUUUUGAUUUGUGAAGCUGGAAAUCAUUUCAUCAAUACAAUAUUGGCUCACCCCAAUCACACAGGGAGCAAUGCAUGUUUCCCAAGUCCAAAUUAUAACCCCUUUACAUGGAUGUUUUUCCUGGUUUCCUGUCCUAACUAUACUUAUGAGAUUGGAUCCUGGAUUAGUUUCACAGUUAUGACACAAACACUUCCAGUUGGUAUUUUUACAAUCUUAAUGAGUAUCCAGAUGUCUUUGUGGGCGAGAAAGAAGCAUAAGAUAUAUCGGAAGAAAUUUAACUCAUAUGUGCAUAGGAAGUCUGCCAUAAUUCCAUUCAUAUUAUAA